AUGGGUGCAGGUGAGCGCCUCCUCUCGUCGAGUGGGAGUGGGAAGAGGACACAGGAGGAAUCGCCCCUGUGUGGACCAUGCGUCUCCCCCAAGCCCCUUUUCCCCUCUCAGCUCCAAGUGCCAGGCGAGCCAGCUCCAGGCCCUGGAGAGGCCAUCGCUGUCUCCUCCCCUGUCUCCUCCCCACAUAGCUAUCAGCACCCGCGACCCCCUGGCCAGCUGCAGUGGGGCCGCCGCCGUUCAGAGCCGCUUGUCACCCGGCCAGGACCGCCACUGGGGCUGACCCGCAGGGGCUCCGAGCCCACCUACUUGUCCUCAGUGGCUGUGGGUUGGGGCUGGGCCGAGGCCGGCUGGGGCGCGGAGCCAGGCCUGGAGGAGUUGGCCAGCCAGAGCGAGGAGCUGGGUGGCAGUUCCUGGACGUUCCUGUCGCCAUCAUUUUCCCCAGCAGCUGCUGACGGAGACCGCAGCUACUCCCGGGAGUCUCGGCCUCAGUCAGACCCUGUCCAGGAGCUUGUGGCCCCACUUCAGAGCAUGGACCUUGAGGUGCAGCAGCAGGAGCAGGACAGUCGGGACGUCGUGUGUGGCAUCUGCAUGGACAAGGUGUGGGACAAGCCAGAGGCGAAGCGGAUCUUCGGCAUCCUGCCCAACUGCACUCACGCCCACUGCCUGGGCUGCCUGCGCACCUGGCGGAGGAACCGCCAGGACUUCCCACUCGAUGUCAUCAAGGCCUGUCCCCAGUGCCGUGUGCAUUCCAGCUACAUCAUCCCCCACAAAUUCUGGGUGAGCAAGGGGCCCGAGAAGGAGCAGCUCAUCAGGGACUUCAAGGCUCGGACCAGCCAGAUCCGAUGCCGGUUCUUCAUGCGGAGGAGUGGCCGCUGCCCCUUCAAGGCCGACUGCAUCUACCUGCACCAGCUCCCGGAUGGGGCCCCGUCCUCGCAUCCUCCGGGCCCUGAGAGUGCACAGCCGGCCUCUGGGAGUGAGGUGCUGGGCCCAGCAGCGUGGCUAGAGGACGAACUGUUCACGGAUUAUAACCUGGCAGCGGCCUUCUGGGGUUUAGAACUCCUGCUGGAUCCCAACAGUUCUUACCAUGUGCUGCGCGCGCUCGGCCGCCGCGCGGGGGAGCCUUUCCCCUGGGGUCGCGUCCUGGAGGCGCUGUGCCGCGAGGAGCCGGUCACCGAGGGCCCGCACUCUCGGCUGCAGCUGAAACCACUGCUGCUGCAUUUGCCCCGGUUAUGCCAGCGGAACCUGAUGUCCCUGUUGAUGGCUGUUAGGCCAUCUCUGCCUGAAAACAGGCUGCUCCCUCUACUGCAGAUCGCUCGGCAGGACCCAAGCCCUGACCCUGAUGCCUGGCUCCAGGCCCUGGGGGAAUUGCUGCGAAGGGAUCUGGGUGUUGGGGUCUCCAUUGAGGGAGCGUCCCCACUGUCUAAAAGGUGCCAGAGACAGCUCCGAGACCUAUGUAGGCAGCUGGGCCCAGGAGGCAGGAGGCUGAAGUUGACCCUGUCUCCAGACCCUGAAAAGGAAAGAGAGGAGGAGGAGGACUCCCAGCAGCCUAGGAAACGUAGAAAGGAGCCGGAGGAAGAGCCUGCCAGUCCUGAGGGGGAGAGGGCCCCCAAAAGGUUCCGGUGUUCGGCAAGGGAAGAAGAGGAAAGUCAUGAGGAAGAGAGAGCUGAACGUGAAUGUCUGGAAACCCUGGCAGAUGGAGGAGGCACAUCACCCAUUGAGAACCAGCCUGUGGUGGGGGUUGAGCCCAUUGAGACUGGUCAGAGUCUGGAGGAUGCUAAGGGAUUGGCUGAGAGUUUGGAGUUGCCCAAAGCUGUCCAGGACCAGGUUCCCAGACUGCAGCAGCUGCUCAAGACCUUCGGGGAGGGGUUGGAGGGGUUGGAGGAUGCCCCCCCAGUUGAGCUGCAGCUUCUCCAUGAGUGCAGCCCCAGCCAGAUGGACCUGCUCUGUGCCCAGCUGCAGCUCCCCCAGCUCUCAGACACAGGUCUCCUGCAGCUCUGUACCUGGCUGCUGUCCCUUUCGCCAGAUCUUAGCCUCAGCAAUGCUACUGUGCUGGCCAGGAGCCUCUUUCUUGGACGGAUUCUCUCCCUGACUUCCUCAGCCUCCCGCCUGCUCACAGCUUCCCUGACUUCCUUCUGUGCCAAGUAUACCUACCCCGUCUGCAGAGCCCUCCUUGGCCCCGUGCUCCGGGCCCCAGAAACAGGUCCAGCUCAAACAGAAUUACUGUGUUGCCUUAUGAAGGACGAGGCCCUGGAGCCAGAUGCACAGGUUCUGAUGCUGGGACAGAUCUUGGAGUUGCCCUGGAAAGAGCAGACUUUCUUGGUGUUGCAGUCACUCCUGGAGCGGCAGGUGGAGAUGACCCCCGAGAAGUUCAAUGUGUUGAUGGAGAGGCUCUGUAAAGAGGGGCUGGCAGCCACUGCGUCCAUGGCCUAUGCCAAGCUCAUGCUGACUGUGAUGACCAAGUAUCAGGCCAAUAUCACUGAGACCCAGAGACUAGGCCUGGCCACACCCCUGUCACUCAACACCACUUUCCUGAGGAAGUCCCUGCAGGCUGCCCUGAGACAUCUGGCCCCCUGACCUUCCACCAAGGGACCACUCUCUUAGAGCUCCCUCACUAGCUUCCUGAAGAUGCUUCUGCCCUCACCCUGACCCCUUGCUUGGGGGUAAAGGCCAAGCCUAGCCAUCCCAGGCAUCAACUGCCUCCCUGUUCCAGGCUGUGGAGAGGCCACCUUGACCCCCCAGCCAGCAGGGAGAGUACCAGGCUAACUGGGCUGCAUGAGCUGGAUUUCCAAGGGCUGCUGACCUGCCUCCCUCCUUGUCACUUCUACCUCAGCCUGCAGCAACAAACUUCCCAUAAGCCCCAGUAGGGUCAGAGUAGACCCAGAAGAGAUGAAUGAUGCUCUGGAGGACCUGUGUGCUCAGCACAAAUCUCUUGUGCUCCAGUUUUUGUUAUGAUCCUCUGUAUUGUUCUGACUUGAAUAAUAAUUUAUCAAUGGUAUUUAAUAAAAAGUGGAAAGUUCAAUCAUG